UUAUGCUCACCAGGACAUGAUUAUAGCUUCUCAAGCUUAUCUAAAAUAAAAGAUAAUAUAUGUAUCAACAUUUUUGAUGAAAUGAUAAUUGAAAAACAUGAGGAUAACUGUCUCAAGAGCUGUACUUGUCACUCAUAUUUAAGAAAAAACUGGCUUGGUUCCAUUGUCUUACCUUUCUCUGCUCUUCUGCAACAAUCUGAGUUUUCAGACCAAACAGAUGUUUUGCAGAGAGCACAGGUUUUUAAACAAAAUUGUAAACUAGUGUUUCCCAACAGAAGAAUCAUAACUACUGUUUUUAAUGAUGAAGGGAUACAGAUAUUAGUAACAAGAUAUAUCAAGGCAUUAAAUCCACCUCAACAACUCCUGGAUACAUUUCUUCAUGAUUCUAAUGCAACACUUGACCUCAUUGCUCGAUUUGUGUCUUUGAUUCCUUUUAUGCCUGACACACUGGAUGAAAAUGCUGAUUGUGAUAUAUGGAUAACAUCAGAGCGCUGCAUCAGUUUGGCCCUUGGAAAUAAGGAAGAGCAUGCCAUCCUUCUCUGUAAUUUCUUUCUGUAUUUUGGAAAGAAGGCACUGGUCCUCCUGGGAACCUCAUUAUUAGAAGGACAUGUGGCUUAUGUAUUAACUCAAGAAAUUGAUGAAUAUUUGCUUUGGAAUCCAUCAACUGGGCAAUGCCACAAGAAGUUUGAUCCAUUUUGUCCCUUACAAAGUGUAGACUGCUUAUUCAAUGAUAGAAAUGUCUGGUUUAAUAUUCAACAAAAUAACACACCAAUGGCUGUGCAUUUUGACUAUUCAAAGGAAAGUUUCUGGAAACAGUUGUUUCCAAAAAGUUUCCAGGGGAUGCAAACACAGAGCAUUCAGCCUGAAGAAAUCAUUUAUUCUGAUACUAAUAAAAGCAUGGUAGAAGAUCUAAAGAACAGGAUUGAAAGGACUCUAAAGUGUAAGAUCAUGGAAUGGAGACCUAAACACACAACACGUUGGAAUCGACAAUGUAUUUCUAUUUUGCAACAACUCCUCCCUAAGCUGGAACUUGGCACAAGAAGCUUUGUUUCAUCUGAAGAAGAGAGUGAAUUUGAAAGACUGAUGCAAUUUUAUUGGAUCACAGGAUUUCCCAUCCAGAUGCGAUACACUGAUGUACAGUCUGUUAUUGAUGCUGUGUAUCAGACUGGAAUUCACGCUUCUGAAUUUCCCCAGACAGAAUAUGCUUUAGCUGUGUACAUUCAUCCAUACCCAAACAACAUACUGUCUGUGUGGGUCUACUUGGCUUCCUUAGCCCGACAUCAGUGAAAAGAAGAAGGGAAAAGGAAAAGACAGAAGCCUCUAAAGCUUUUCUGGUACCAUGGAAUUUGGCUGCUUAUGCUCAAGUCCAAUUGCAUGCUGAGCCUUAUUUACCUACACAAUUGGGCACAAUGGAGACUAAUCCCCACCCCAAGUCUUUAAGGAUGAAUCUAGAUGACCUCUUCACCAGAGACCUCCUUCAAGAGGACGCUUGGGGCAUUGAGGCUGUUGGGUGUCACUGUCUACAGUAGG